CCACUAUCAUCUUUGUUUUUAUUUUCCUCAGAUGAAGCGAAUCCGUCCCUCUAUUCAGCUCUCAAUCAGUCAGAGUGUGAGAGGUUUUCCUACAACCCUUACAUAGUCCCAGCUCUCUUCUUUCUCAUGUUCCCCAUUGCCUUGUUGUUGAAUGUGGUGGCAGCGUGGGUGUCCGUGCAUCUGAAGUCGACCUCCACCUUCGUGGUGUACCUUAAAAACCUCGUGGCUGCCGACAUAGUCAUGACCCUGAUGAUCCCAAUGAAAGCCGCAGCAGACUUGCCUACCACAUGGGAGCAACUGGCUGGACCGACAUGCCGUUUUUUUGCUGUCAUUUUCUACAACGCGCAGUACACGUGUAUUGCUUUGCUGGGGCUCAUCAGCCUGGACCGUUUCUUUAAGAUCAUGAUGCCGCACAGCAGGAUCUUUGGGCAGAGUCUCACCAUGAGCAAAGUGAUAUCCGCCACAGUCUGGCUGGUUUUGUUCGGAGGUACGGGUUUGCCAAAUAUCCUCCUGACGAACAAAUCCGUGGCCAACGCCUCAUUAAUCACCACGUGCAUGGUUCUGAAAGGCCCGGAAGGAGUGCAGUUUCACGAGCAAAUAUCUCUACUCCUGAACAUAUUCUUUUGGUUUGUUAGCGUGGUCAUUGUCGUUUGCUACAUCUGCAUCGCAAACAGAGUUAUCCAGUCGUACAGAAACUCCGGUAGCAACAACAGCCAGGGGAAGCAGAAAAUCAAGCUGCGCGUUUUUCUCGUCAUCAUUGUGUUUUUCAUCUGCUUUGGCCCGUACCACAUCAUCAGGAUCCCGUACACUUCUCAGCAAGUCACCUACUCUAAGGCAGACUGCUCUCCGACCUAUGAACAUCUAAGGUUUGCCAAGGAACUCAGCCACUGGCUCGCCACGACCAACAUCUGCAUGGACCCCCUGCUCUACGUCUUCCUUUGUCGAGAGUUCAAGGAGAAGCUAAUGUCGAUGAUGGAAAAUAGCUUUAAAGCACCAGGAAAGCAAAAGUUCAAAGACGCAUUGCCUUGCUGAAGCUGCAGUCAAAUAUGUAGACAUGUCAUUUCGUGGUUCUUAAAGGGAAGAAAUUAAGAGUAUUUUGUGCAGCAUCAGAUCCCAUUUAGGUAGCGUGUUGUUGUUUCUUUUCCUUGCUUGCUUCCAUUAUAUACCCCUAUUAAAAUGACGGAUGACCUUCAGAUUAUCCUGUCACUGUUUCAAAAACCAGUCAAAGAUGGAAAAUAUUCCACUAAUGUGACCUCCAUCAGUCCCAUCCCAGCCUGCAGUGCCUCCUAGUGGCCCCUCCGGGCUGGAGGUAUUUUUUUCUAAGUGUUGUGCUCAGAUCGACCAGUGGAUGGGAAAGUUUGCUCCAUCAGAACUUAUUUGGCCAAUGUGUUUCCAUUUCCUGUUUUGGACAUUAACUCUUUUUUGAAAAAGCCAAAAAGCGUGUAUAAUUUUUUUUUUUUUUAUCUGAAAUGAACAGA